CCGGUUGUCGCUUCAACCGAGUGUGUGGAAAGAGACGCUUUGGAAAAAUUGCUUUGUUGUUCUUUUUCUUUUAGGAUGAAACUUGUGUAACAUGAGUCUAGAUCUAGAUCCAACUUUGUAGAAUCCCCAACCACGUGAGAUCAUCUCAGGCAGUCCGAGCCUGACUAGCAUAGAGAGAAGCCAACAUGGCAGCAUUGUUACCAGGACUUGUUUCUCUGGCCAUCUUUCUACUUGUUGAUUCCAGGCCUCAGGAUUUGAGUUCAAAUCCAACCAAAACAGAAAAUGAGUUGUGGUGGAAACCUACAUCAGACAAGGACAAGUGGAGGGCUUUUGAACCCAUACCUGAAGUCAGCACCACAAAAUGGUGGGAGCAAAAGUUGGAUGAUAAUUUAUGGGACCCAAAGGCUGCUGACUCCAAAGAAGACAGCAGUGAGGAAUCAGAAGGUGAGGAUGAUUCUGUAGUCACUAACAUAGUUACCAGCACCACUACUCAGGCCCCAGUCACUGAGACCAGCACUGAGAAAACAACCAGUGCCACCACGCGUGCUGCAGACUUCUCUGGGGGCCUCUACAGGCACGAUGAGAUGAACGCUUUUGUGGAGACGGAUAACAGGAUUUACUACAGUCCUGAUGACGCGUUGGAUACACGGAUAGACGACAGCUCGGAGGAAACUCUGGAGAGUAAGAGCACGGAAGCGAAGCCUGAGAAAGUUAAAGGGACUGAGCAGGGGAAGGAUGGGCCGGAGGUUAAAGCUGAUGAGCAGGUACAGAAACAGGAACCUGAUCUGGUGAAGGAUGUUCAGGAGGCUAAGUCAGAGGAGGAGAAGCCACAAGGUGACAUGCCUCAGGAGGAGAAGCCUAAGGAGGAUAAUUCACAGGUGGUCAAGCCACAGGAGGUCAAGCCUCAGGAGGUCAAAGUUCAGGAGGUCAAGCCUCAGGAAACAAAACCAGAAGAGGUCAAGUUACCUGAGGACCAGCCACAGGACUCAGCUGAGAAUGUGGCCAUGGUGAAGGAGGUGGGGAGCAUCAAGCUAACAGAACCGGCCAGCACCUCCUCCACCCCCGGCUUGACCAGCACCCCCAAGGCCGAGCCCCCCGUCACACACAAACUGGACUCCAUCUACGGCAAGGGGGAGAGCAUCGCCAACCCGUCCAUCAUCACCACCCCAGGUAAGGUUGACACAGCCUCAAGCACUCAGGCCACGCCGGACAGCACAGAGAAGAAGGUGGACUUUGUCGACUGGCCAGACUGGAACAGCACUGUGUUUGAAAAUUACGAUGAAGACGAUGAGAAUGAUGAGAAGAGUGCGGAGGUGGAGAAAAAGGAGGAGAAAAAAAUUGAGGUUAAAAUAACAGACGAGGUGAUCGUUGAAGAGAAAGUAAAACCUGUUGAUGUAAAUAUUGAUGAUAUUGAUGAUGAUGGCGAUGAUGAUGAUGACGAAGAAGAUGAAUACUAUUCCGAUGUAGGUGAUGAGUGGGAUGAUGAUUUGGAUGAUAAGAUAACUAAAAAUGAAGAGAACUAUGAGGUCGUCGAGUCUCAGGAUGGAGCCAUCACCAUUUCACCUCUGAAGAACACAGUCUCACCAGUAAAGAACACCGCCUCACCAAUAAAAAACACCGUCUCACUAUUAAAAACCCCCCUCGCACCAGUGAAGAAAACAAAGGUCAAGUCCAAGUCCAAAGAAAAUAAGAAAAAACAAGUGACCCCACUGACCAUGCAGGCCGACGACCCCAGCAACCACAUUGACAACUCCCACUACAGCAAGGGUGUCAUCUACGACUCCAGCGCGCCAGCACACAAGCCAUCGGUCAAGAAAGACUUGACCAACCCAGCUGACAACAAGGCCAAGUUCAUGGACACUGAGGAGGUCAAGGUGACCAAGCCGGCCGAGGUGGUCAAAAAACAGGCGGACGUCCAAAUCUCUAAGAAAGAGGUGACCCACUACGAACCCAGCCAGCUGAACACAGAGUCUGAUGUGUCGACCAGCCCCAACCCACCCCCUCCAGGGUCCUCGUCUUCAUGGGACAGCACCACCACCACCCCUGGGCCUAGCAUGCAAGAUUCCACCAGCACUAAGGCUGUCGAAGAUGAUGGAUAUAUCGUGUCAUUGCCAAUAGAGUUGUGUAAAGUUGACUUUGAGUGCCGUGCUGGCCGUAUCUGUGUGAGUGGCAUGUGCAAGUGUGUACCCCAGGAAGCCUGCGCUGGUCACCACAGGCCAAUCUGUGGCUCUGACGGCGUCCAGUACCCAUCCCACUGCCAGCUGCACCGGACUGCCUGCAUCAACAGAGUCCACAUCAGGGUGGACAGGCUAGGCAGGUGCUUCAAGAAGAACAUCCAAGAGAAAGAGAAAAUGUGGCUGGCUGAACAAGAGAAAGAAAAAGUCAACAUCCCCUCCAAAGAGAUUUAUCAAUUUCCCCAGGACAUUCAAAAGGCUGGUGAAGUGACCCAGGAUGUGAAGAAAUCCCAGCCCCCAAACAACCAAGCCCCUGCUUUGAAGAAAGCCCAGCCUGCAGUGAUCCAAGCCCCUGUCGUGAAUAAAACAGAGAGCGCCCCAGCCCCCAAGGUGAACUGCACCUGGGAGGAGAUGAGUGCAUUCAAAGAGCAGCUGCUCCUGUACUACUGCCAGAAGUUUGUUGAGCCCAACUGUAAGCUGGAGGUCAAGACAGAUCGUGAGUACCUGUCCAUGUUGAUGUUCAGCUACUAUGACCAGAACUUCGACUACUUCCUCACUGCCAAUGAGUUGGAUGACAAGGAGAGGGAGGAGCAUUUCUCCAGCAAGAUAAUCAAAGCCUGCCACCUGCAUGACUUCAUCGGCUACGCGGACACAUCAGAUGCUGAUGGGAAGAUUACAGUCUCAGAGUUCACUCAUGCUUUUGAACUGCCAGCAGCAACAAGCAGCCCUAAGGAGGAGGUAGAAGUGAUCUCCACCCUGGCAUCAGCAGGAAAUGGUCUGGAGCUCAAGUGUGGCAUUGCUGCAGAAAACAUUGUGUGGAAGAGACAUGGCGCCCAGUUGGCUGAUGAUAAACACAGUCACCAGCUCAUGAUAUUUGAUGACGGAGCUUUGUUCUUCAGUAAAGUUGGCCUGCACCAUGUUGGAAAUUACACCUGUGUUGAUGCUGAAAAUGAAACUAAAAUGCAACUUCAUCGCCUGCGAGUACAAACCCUGCCUGUUGUGACAGUGAACCCAGUAACACAGACCCAUCAAAGUGGCUCAGAUGUGGAACUCAAAUGCCAUGCUGAUGGUGUACCAAGGCCCAACAUCUCAUGGAAGCUUGGAGGAGAGUCCAUCGACACGUCUUCUCAUGUCACACACUACUCUGGAGGUGGCCACAUAGUGAUCCACAAUGCUCAGUUUGAUUCUGAUGCUGGGACUUACACAUGCAGCGCUCACAACCAGGCCGGGACUACAGAGAAGUCCGUCUCAGUGUCUAUACUGCCUCCAUUGUCCCCAUCAUCCAAAGAUACAAGAAAAGAAACAGGAACAUUCUUAAUGUUCAACGCCAACGGUAUCUACGCCUACGACCCCCUCCACUGUCUUCUCCGCCACCACAUCCCAACAGACUUUGGUAAUUUUAAAUUCAUCCCUGAUGCCCUGGACGCUCCAAUGACACUAUGUGUGGGUGGCAAGGACUGUCAGUGGGGCGGGGCUGUCCAGGUGGGCACCAAGUUUAUCUACGUCAGUCAGCCAGAUCAGAACAGAGUUGUCAUCAUAGAUGCUGAUAACGCAUGGAACCCUCUCCAGGUGGUAGAGACAGACAAAAAGCCAGAGAAACUGUGGUAUGUGAAGCACCUGGACCAGGUGUGGGUGCUGUGUGCUAACCAGGAGGACACAGAAGGUGGCAAGACAAUUGUGGUGAUCAGGGACGCUUCACAGCAGAUCCAACACAGAGCUGUACACACUAGACCUGUGGGCAAUCAUUUUGAUACAGUUCAGGAUUUGUUUAUUCCUCAAGUCAAUGACCUGGAGCAUGAGUUUGACUUUGGUUACGUGACCCACGCUGCAUUGAAUGGGUUGUUCAAGUUGAGCCUGGAGGACAUGAGCUACACCAAAGCCAUUGAUCUCACUGCUUAUGCCUGUGUACCCAAAAAUAUAGACUUUGUAUCCAUUGGUGGUCACAUUGUGAUCCAGUGCGUCUCUGACCACCACACUGUCCAGCUGAUCAUGGACUGCCUCACUGACACAAUCAUAUCAACAGCCUCUGUUUCUGGACAGCCAAUGACCUCACCAGACUCAAGGCACCUGGUCACUGUGGACAACUUGACUGGCAAGGUCACGGUCACAUCCAUCUCAGAAGAAGGUGUCCUAGAAACUACCUAUGAGGUGACAGUCAGUGCUAGCAUUAGUGAUGUAGCCUUCAUCCCAGCCAAUUCACACCAAGGCUAUGACUUGGCCUUGACCUCUGCAGAUGAUGAUGAUGUUAUUUUGAUGAAUCUAGUCACAGGAAAAGUUGAAAAAAUUGCAGGCUCACACUCAACUGAAUCCUCCAAGAAAAGAAACUCCACAGAUAUCAAGCGUACAAUCGCCCCAGCCAACACCAUGAACAGCUACCUGAUGACACCUUCCAGGACAUCCCUGGCCAUUCUGGACGUGAAAUACAAGCAGGUGCAGUGUGAAUUUGCAGACUUAGCAGGAAGCUCCGUCAUGCUGUACGUGGCCAGCUCAAAGACCAGCUAACUGGUCAACCAGGAACUGACUUCUUCAUACCAUCGUCAGACUGAAAGUGCCUGAGUGAGAUAUAACAGUUAGCAUACAGCGUGUGGGCUACUUACCUAGGUCUCAUUGAUUGUAGUCGGAAAAUAAAAUUCACUUUUUUUUUUAAUUAGUACCCGGUAGUAAUUAAUUUCAACUGUAUUAUGCGUAAUUUUAAUCCCGGACCAUAUAGCAAAGUCUGACAUGUUUGUUCUCAAGCAAGUGAACAAAGCCAAUUAAGAUAUUACCUGAUGGUUCAUUUUGCUACUGAAAAACUCCAUGCUAAACUUGACAUCCACCAACAUUACCAUAGUGUCUGAAUGCUUUAAACAAAGGUGUGUGCGAGGGAUGCGAGUGUGGGGAGUGGCUACUUAGUUUCUGCAUGCUGCUUAAAUGCUGUUUGAGUUUAAGUGAAUGCUCAACCAUCUCAUUGUGUGGCAUUCAAUCCUUGUUAUGUGUAGCCUUGUCUGAUUAUCUUUCCUACUGUCUUAGUCAUGUGCUCUUUCUAAUGACACAUCUUUUUUUUUUUAACUCAUCUCAAUCAUCACACAGGGGUUUGAAUACACUACAGUUGUGUGCAUAGAAACUCCUGCAAAAAAAAAAAUUGUGGUGGUAUCUUUCAAAUAAAUAUGUACAUAGAGCAACUUGUUACACUAUAAAUGUCUGCCUAAUCUUAUGUGGCUGGUAUGUUUUUUUUUCUUUCUGGUUAUUCUUUGUGAUAUUACAACUUGAAGCAACUCCCGUUUAGAGUUAGUCUUGUCCAGCUUUAGGUGGUUAUAUUUUUUUCUUUCAGGCAUUGGUUUCUCAACUGUGCCUUUCUAUUCCAACCCACACAGGCUCCUGCUGUUUACAUCAACUUGAAUCUCUGUCCCAGCUUUACAUGUGCUCCGUCUAAAGCUAAAAAUUCACGAACAAAUUAAUUUUUUUUUCUGUGGUAAUAUUCGUUAUCUUAAUUAUUGUACUGGAUCACGCUAUUUAACUCUAACAUAACAGAAUUAAACUGUUGGUAGUAUGGCACUGCCUAAGGUUUGUUCGACAAAGAAAUGUGUAGAUGGAAUACUGAGGCAUAUAUUUACUAAUGUAACAGCUGAAGGAUAUGGUUGGGGCUAGGGUGCUGUGAAGGAGGAUUUGCUGUAGUGAUGUUGAAUGUCAUUCAUUUUUUUAGCUCUCUGUGAGGUUAUCAUAUAACUGUGAUAUGUUUGAUGUAGCAUGUGUCUACCCAACCAUCAACUCAAAGAUCACAGUCCACAUGUGUUUUAUUUAUUUUUCUUGUAGCUAUAUUGUGCACCGGUUUAACCCUCAUGAUUUCCAAUGCAUUUAUUUCCAGUCAGCUUAUGUUGUUGCGCUUGCAUAUAUUUUGUUUAUGUUUCAACCUAGUGAACUGUUGUACAAUCACCCUGUGUUAGACUGGAGCUACGCAGGUUUUUUUGUAGAGGUUUUUUUCUUCUGCUUUUUUUACUCCAUGCAUUUUUUGUUCCAUCUGAUAGCUUCAGACCAUAGACUGCAUUUUUUUUUAAAGAAUUUUUUUUUUCAAAGACUGAAGAGUCUACAGCUGGUUGUGUGUAUUCUAACAUUUAAUGAGAGUAAUUAACGAGGACAAAGCUGGUAAGAAAUUAUGAUGCCCUUUGAUACAUUUCAUUUCAGAAAUCUCUCGGCUUUUGUGACAACAUUUCUACCAAUAGCUGUAUAGUUUUUUCAUCACAUAAACAUUCCAAUAGUUUAGGUAAAUGGAUCGACUUCUAUUUUUGAUUAUUGUAAUUUUGUUUGUUUUUUUGCCCAUUGAUGUAUCACUUGAUGUUUAGUCUUUGAUUAUAAACAAAAUUGUUCAAUCCAAAUGGGCUUCAGUGUUCCUAUAUUUUCCAAAUGCAGUUUCGAUAUUAAAAUAAUACACAUUA